CCCCCCUCGGAGCACCACAGAUUACUUUUCUUUUAUAGCCUGAAAACUAUUUCAGUGUUGUGCUACUUUUUCUCUGCAGCAGCUUGAGUCAGAACGUGUGUCUCAAAGAAAUUUAAAUGAAAUAAUACAAAAUGCUGUCUAUUAUCACACAGAUUAUUGAUUUUGUUAAGUUGUUAUUGAAGUUGUUUGUUUUGUUUUAUUGUUUACCAUCUGUAUAUUCUGCCUUUAUCACAGUUUUGAUAUUUUACCCGUUGAUGGAUCGCAGCAGACGGAGCUGCUGUUACUGUGAUGAGUGACAAACCAGUCAGAACCAAAACCAACACGACUUCUCCUGCAGAGUUUCUGAGACGCUGGACGUCGUUGGACGAGUCUUCAGGAGACGGAGCAGCGCCCACCAUGGCGUUCAGGAAGACUCUGAAGCGGACGGCGAUCAUCGGCGGGGGGGCGGCCGCCACCUUCUUUGGCCUCUCGCAGUUAAUCGAGUACAGGAAGAUGAAGACUCGGAUGUCCCACGUGGCGGCGGAGGCCGAGCUGAAGGCGCCCUUCGCCCACGAGCUGCCCUCCCGGCAGGCGCAGCUGGCGGCGCUGCAGACCACCGAGGAGUUUGACGUGCUGGUGAUCGGAGGAGGGGCCACGGGGGCAGGAUGUGCCUUAGACGCUGUCACGCGCAACCUGAAGACCGCCCUGGUGGAGAGGAACGACUUCUCCGCUGGGACGAGCAGCCGCAGCACCAAGCUGAUCCACGGGGGCGUCCGCUACCUGCAGAAGGCCAUCAUGCAGCUGGACUACGAGCAGUACAUGAUGGUGAAAGAGGCCCUUCAUGAGCGAGCCAACCUCCUGGAGAUCGCCCCUCACCUGUCGGCUCCACUACCCAUCAUGCUCCCUGUUUACAAGUGGUGGCAGCUGCCUUACUACUGGGCGGGGAUCAAGAUGUACGACCUGGUGGCCGGGAUCCACUGCCUGAAGAGCAGCUACGUCCUCACCAAGACCAAGGCCCUGGAGCACUUCCCCAUGCUGAAGAAGGACAAGCUGGUGGGAGCCAUCGUCUACUACGACGGGCAGCACAACGACGCCCGGAUGAACCUGGCCAUCGCCCUCAGCGCUGUUCGCUACGGCGGCGCCAUCGCCAACUACACGGAGGUGGUUCACCUGCUGAAGACAAAAGACGAGGAGACCGGCAAGGAGCGGGUGAGCGGCGCCCGCUGCAGGGACGUCAUCACCGGAAAUGAAUUUGACGUGAGGGCGAAGUGUGUGAUCAACGCCACCGGCCCGUUCACCGACUCCGUGAGGAAGAUGGACAACCAGGAGACCAUGAACAUCUGUCAGCCCAGUGCCGGCGUCCACAUCGUCAUCCCCGGCUACUACAGUCCCGACAACAUGGGUCUGCUCGAUCCGGCCACAAGCGACGGACGGGUCAUCUUCUUCCUGCCGUGGGAGAAGGUGACCAUCGCCGGCACCACCGACAGCCCCACCAGCGUGACGGCUCACCCGAUCCCGGGGGAGGACGACAUCAACUUCAUCCUGAACGAGGUCCGCAACUACCUCAGCCCGGACGUAGAAGUGCGGCGAGGUGACGUGUUGGCAGCGUGGAGCGGCAUCCGUCCCCUGGUGACCGACCCCAACUCCAAAGACACUCAGUCCAUCUGCAGGAACCACAUCGUCAGCAUCAGCGACAGCGGCCUGGUCACCAUCGCCGGUGGGAAGUGGACAACCUACAGGUCCAUGGCCGAGGAGACACUGGACGCUGCCAUCAAAUCUCACGGCCUCUCGGCUGAACCCUGCAAGACGGUGGGUCUGAUGCUGGAGGGCGCGAAGGGCUGGACGCCGACGCUCUACAUCCGCCUGGUGCAGGACUACGGCCUGGAGCAGGAGGUCGCUCAGCACUUGGCCGCCACGUACGGAGGGAAAGCGUUCGACGUGGCCAAGAUGGCUCAGGUCACAGGGCAGCGAUGGCCGAUCGUGGGCAAGCGCCUGGUGUCCGAGUUCCCGUACAUCGAGAGCGAGGUGCUGUACGCCAUCAAGGAGUACGCCUGCACCGCCAUCGACGUCAUCGCCCGGCGGACGCGACUCGGCUUCCUGAACGUGCAGGCGGCCGACGAGGCGCUGCCACGCAUCGUCCAGAUCAUGGCCAAGGAGCUGAGCUGGAGUCAGGAGAGGACCACGGCUGAACUGGAAGCAGCCAAGAAGUUCCUGUACCAGGAGAUGGGCUACAGGUCUCGAUCUGAGCAGCUGACCAGGACGUCCGAGAUCAACCUGGACUACCAGGAAGUCGUCAGAUACAAGAAACGCUUCCACAAGUUUGACAAAGAGAGUCGAGGAUUCAUCACCACGGUCGACGUCCAGCAGGUCUUAGGAAGCAUCAACGUUCACAUCGACGAAAACGCACUUCAUGAAAUCCUCAACGAGGUCGACGUCAACAAGAACGGACAAAUAGAGAUAGACGAGUUCCUGCAGCUGAUGAGCGCCGUGAAGAAGGGCCAAGUGUCGGACAGCCGGCUCGCCAUCCUGAUGAAGACGGCGGAGGAGACGCUGGAUAAGAGGGGCCCGGUGUCGGUGGACCGCAGCGGGGGCGGAGUCUGAGCACGCCGGCUUCAAGGGACGCAAAGGAGAAGGUGGUAAUGACGACAACAACAACAACAACAACAACA